AUGUCCAACGAAGCAAAAAGCGGUACCAGCACCAGCGAUGGCCAGGAAUCGGGCGGUGAGAGUUUAGACGGCCCGGCAGAUUUAUACCGGACACAACUCAAACCGCAGCGGACCCCAAUGUCAGAACGGGCAGCUACUGUCCCUCGAAUCAUGCUGAACAUUGUGGACCGUAGCGAAGACACAACCUCAAUUGGCAGCUCCAAAUCCCCGACCGACUUGGGCAUUCCUGCGGUCAGUUUACCGAAUCUAUCGGUUGAACCUGAUGGCGGAGAUGAUCCAUAUGACGAUCGAAUGGACAGACGGGGUUCGCGCGAAGAUUCCGACCACGCGCUAGGACUGUACUGCUCCCCGCGGAUGACCCGUCGUUCUAUGAACCUUGAACUGAGUCAACGGGAAUCCCCGGGGGACCUUAAUUACUGUUGGCUUUCGACGUUCGGCACUUCGAACUAUCUGAGAGAAGGCAGUCGGGUCGGCAGCGCUGUGUCGUUGAACAGCGAUUGCACGGCCCGAAGCAUUGGACUUAUUUCGAACGACUCGUCCGACACGACAUCCUAUCUUGAACGAUUAGGUGAUCUUGGUGGUCUGAUUGGGCAGCGAUCGCACACUCUCCGCCGCCAUCUUUCCAACCCGGAACAUACACAGGAAGUGCCCUCCUGCAUGAGGAGGAACUCGCGCUCCUGGUCAAACCUGAAGGACGGUCAGCCGGAGAGCCUGCCUGAAGCAGAAAUGGAACGCAGUAUGGAAGGGGAACAAACCGACUCUGAAAAACAGGCCGAAAGUACAGAUUUGUCCCUGUCGCCGAGUCGGACGUUGCCUCUUCCACCUCCAUGUCGACUGGAGGAGCCAGCACCUCUAUUACCUGGGCCCCAGAGACGAUCUCCCUUUGAUGAAGUCUACGAUCCGGCCUGUCGUUCGCCUCUUGUGAGGUCUCGGGUCGGUAGUAAAGCUCUUCAGGAAAGGAGAAUAAAACAGUGGUUACUGCAAAUAAGUAAAUCAGACGACCAGGAUGAAACGGAAUUCGAUGAAGAUGAUUAUUAUUCUUAA